AGCUAGUUGAUGUCCCUACCUAGAAAACAAAAAAGUCGGUGAGAAAUAUGGCGCUUGUUUGCUACAUUUAGAGUUGUUGAAGUUAACUUUGUUUAGGUUUUUCAGCUAUCUAUCAGAAACACAUAUGUAUCAGUAUGUGGCACGAAGCAAGAAGGCAAGAACGGUUAAUCCGUGGAAUGAUGGUAGAUUACAAGAAAAGAGCAGAGAGGCGUCGAGAAUACUACGAAAAAAUCAAACAAGACCCAACUCAGUUUUUGCGAAUCCAUGCCAGAUCUUCCAAGAUUCACCUGGAUCCAGCUGUAGCAGCUGCAGCUGAAGGACCACUUACUAUGAUGCCAUGGCAGGGUGAUUCCAGUCACAUGAUUGAUCGCUUUGAUGUCCGAGCUCACUUGGAUUAUAUCCCCCAGCGUCCACCGGCAAUCCCAACUCUGGAUGAGAUAAGGGAAGACCAGAAAUGCAACUAUGAGCGGUAUCGCACUCUCGUUCACAAUGACCAUGCUGGAAUCUCUGAGGAGCAAUGUCUUCAUCAAAUUUAUGUAGAGGAGAUGUUUCCAGAUAUCCAGAAAAGACCAGGGGAAGAGAAAGAAAAGUUAUCUGCAAUGAAAGCUGCUAUAGGUUUUACUUACGAUGAAGGUGAAAACUCCAAUCUGUCUUUGGAAGGCAAAGAUGUUUCAGAAGAGCAAGAGCAGGAAGUAAUUGACAGUGACAGUGACUCUGAUGUCAGCUUCUCAGAGAUUGAUCUAGAUGUUGUGAUUGAUGUAGAUGAUCUGACAAAGGAAAGUAAGGUUCAUCUCAAUGUGUAUGGAGAAAAGUAUGGAAUGGCUCCAGAGGCAUUUGUAAAAAUGCUUGAGAAGGAAAAGAUAGAAGCUGAUGAUAUGAGGAGAGCAAAGGAAGAUGAAGAGGAGAAAGCUAUGUUUUCUGGAAGGAAAUCCCGUAGAGAAAGAAGAGCUAUCAUUGAAAGAAAACUCAGAGAAAGGAAGGCAGCAGGAAAUAGUCCACCAAGCUAUGCUGCACGAGGUAGUCCAACAUAUGACCCAUAUCCAGGUCGAAGGUCAUCAAGGUCAUCCUCUAGUAGCCGUGACAACUCCCCAGAGCAAGCAGGCAAGGUCACCUUCAUCACCAGCUUCGGAGGCGAUGACGAAGAGGACAACGACAGUAGCAAAGCAAACAAAGACAAGAACUCUAGCAAAAGGUCCUCAUCUGGUCCGUCCUCCUCCUCUUCCAAUAAACGUCGAGGAUCCUCAUCAUCUCUCAAUCGUAGCUCUGAUUCUCACUCCAAAUCAUGGCACAAGAGGGAUUCUAGAAGGUCUUCCACAAGAUCGCGAUCACGGUCUCGAUCAAGAGACAGAGGAGGUUCUUCCUACAGACGUGAUGAUCAACGAUACAGAGGCAGAUCACCUUCUGAUUCACAAGUCUCCUCCAGAUACAGGCGACGGUCACGCUCCAGUAGUUACUCCAGAUCACGUUCAAGGUCACGGGACCGGUAUCGCAGGUCACGGUCCAGUUCUAGGGACAGGAGGCGCUCUUACAGUUAUCAGCGACACUCACACUCAAGGUCACCUUCACGCAGUCACCAUCACCCUUACCGCCGUAGGUCAAGGUCAAGAUCAAGGUCAAGAAGCAAAUCCCCACCAAAACGAUAUGGUAUGAUGGCUACUCUGAACACUUUAAGGAAAGAAACAGAAGAGAAAAGUGUUGCUAAACCUGCUGCUACCCCCAACAAACCCAAACUGACUCAACGUGAGAAACUGAAACUGAAAAUGCAGAAGGCCUUGAACAAACAACAUAAAGCAGAUAAGAUCAAAGAGUACAAGAAGAAAAAUACAAAGAUGUUAGAACAAGAGGAUCGAGACAAUGAACUCAGAGAGCAGGCUAGGAAGAUGAGGAUGAGGGAACAAGAGAAGAAAGAGAAGGAACGACAGGAGUUUGGUUGGAGGCGCUCUAGAUCUCGUUCACGAUCAAGGAGCCGUUCCUAUUCCCCACCACCAAGACGCAGUUACCAUCAUUCCCCUCCCAGGUCCAAGUAUCGAGACUCAAGGAGCAGAUCCAGUUCUAGAUCUAGAUCCAGUUCCGGAUCCAGGUCUAGGUCCCGGUCACCGCCUUCUCAGUAUAGGUAUUAGUAUAUGGCACGGUCCUACUCCAAUACAUCAAAAGAGCUUCGAUUGCUUGAAGGAUUCCUGAUGGUGUAGAAUGGGAUUAAGAAUAAGAUAAAGGAUGGUAAUGAGGGGGGGGAGGAGAUAGAAGGAGAAAACAGAUGAGUGAGAUAGAGAGAAAUAGACACAGACAUAUUGGGGGAGGGAUAGGAUAAGUCCCAACUCCCAGGCAUCACCUCUCGCGGUUGAUCGCGCUGUCGAUCACCAGUCUGGAUAACUUGUACGCAUCUUAAUGCUCCGAGCAUAUAACAUGCUAGAUUUGGCAAGUGGUGUUGAGUCUGAAUGGCAUGAUACUGAUUGUCUGUUGCAAGCUAUUGCAAGUGGCGAUAAUAUCUGAUAUCACUUUAAGAAGUUGAGACCUAUGUAUUGAGAUGAUGUUAAAA